AUAUGUCUUUCUGUGUGUAAAUGUGUGUGUCUGUGUGUAUGUCUGCGUCAUGUGUGUCUGCAUGUGCCCAUAUGUCUGUGUGUGCAUCUGUGUGUCUGUAUGUCUGCAUGUGUCUGUGUGUCUGUACCUGCAGUGGGUGGGGAUGGAUCCUGCAGGGCCUGCAAUGCCAGGCGAAGGACUUGGCCUUGAUCUAGAAAUCAGUGACCCCGUUGGGCGUGGCUGGUGCCCCUGAGUGUUGGCUGUGCCCUGUACUGCUCGCGUCUCUGUCUCCUCCGGGCCUCGUCUGGUCCUGUGCGCCGGGGCCUGGCUAUCGUCCGCACCCUGUGGGGGAACCUAAGUCAGAGCCGGAGCGGUUGGGACCUUGGCCCGGGUCACUGAGCCAGCAGGCUACGACUUGCACCUGGAGAUUUGCCUCCCUCGGGACAUAUGCAUCAUCAUCCAAACUGGACAUGCUGGAUGGGAAAAGGGGCACAAUUUGCAAAGACAUUGGGACAACAGGGAAAACGGGGGUGUCCUGAGGAAACCAGGGGAGAAGAAGAAAUACCUGCCCCCCAUUUCCCGGAAGGACCCCAAGUUUGAAGAACUGCAAAAGGUGCUGAUGGAGUGGAUCAACGCCACGCUGCUGCCUGAGCACAUCGUGGUCCGCAGCCUGGAGGAGGACCUGUUCGACGGGCUCAUCCUGCACCACCUUUUCCAGAAGCUGGCGUCGCUGGCACUGCAGGUGGAGGAGAUCGCCCUGACGGCCGCCAGCCAGAGGCGCAAGCUGGCUGUGGUCCUGGAGGCGGCGAACCGCAGUCUGGAGGUGGAGGAGCGCGAGGUCCCGUGGAGCGUGGAGACCAUCUUCAACAAGGACCUGCUGGCCACCUUGCACCUCCUGGUGGCCCUCGCCAAGCGCUUCCAGCCUGACCUGCCCCUCCCGGCCAACGUCCAGGUGGAGGUGCUCGUCAUCGAGAGCACCAAGGGUGGCCUGAAAUCCGAAAAGCUGGUGGAGCAACUUACUGAGUACAGCAUGGACGAGGACCAGCCUUUGAAGGAUGCCUUUGAUGAAUUAUUUAAACUGGCUCCCGAGAAAGUGGACGCCGUGAAGGAGGCCAUUGUGAGCUUCGUCAACCAGAAGCUGGAGCGCCUGGGCCUGUCCGUGCAUAGCCUCGACAGCCAGUUUGCAGAUGGUGUCAUUUUGCUCUUGCUGAUUGGACAGCUGGAAGGCUUCUUCCUGCACUUAAAGGAAUUCUACCUAACUCCCAGCUCUCCGACAGAAAUGCUGCACAACGUCACCCUGGCCCUGGAGCUGCUGAAGGAUGAAGGCCUGCUCAGCUACCCCAUCAACCCUGAAGACAUUGUGAACAAGGACGCCAAGAGCACACUGCGGGUGCUCUACAGCCUGUUUUGCAAGCACAGGCUCCAAGAGAUCAGGGACAGGGUGCACUGCGGGACCCCGAAUUAACCGUCACUGUCCUGAGAAGCUGCUCCACACAGCCUGGAUGUAAGGUCCACCUCAAGGGCUCCCCUCCGCAGCAGAGGCACGCCCACAGACCCCCCAAGCCCCGGGGCCCCCCGCUUCCCUGUGCAUCUGCCACUUGCCUCUCCCCUUCUCUGUAUCUUGUUUCCAUCCCUCUGAAUCCCUUUGAACCUGCGAGGGUGGGAUCGGUUUUGAGCCAAACUUUGGCCUUACUCAGUUUGUUUUGACAAUUAUAUUUCUGGGAGGGAUCUGGGGAGCCUGCCAGUGUCCUGGGAAGGACCCUAAAAUAUGCACAAAUAUGAGCCCCCCAUCCACCACUGCAGCCGGCCCUCUGUGGCCUCCCUCACUGGGGGCUGGACGUGAAAACCCCUCAGCUUCUCAGCACUGGGCCCAGGGGCAGCCCAGGGCCCCGGGUGCUGGCUGUCACUCGGGGAUUGGGGUCUGCCCUGGGAGCAGGAGGGGCUCCCAGGAGUCAGGGCCGAAGGCCCCUCCACACCCAGCUGCCUCUCACUUGGGGUGACGGGCCUCGGGACUGCCUCCAAAGGCGGGACGUGCUCCCCUGCCCCCGCCCGGCUCCCAGUCAAGUCCCCACUGCCCUCCACAAAGCUAAUCCCGUUCUUGCCAAAGGAACUGUGGUCCCCGAAAACCCUCGCCGCUGCCAGCCUGAGUUUUGCCCCAAAGUCUCAGAAAUGGAUUCUUCAUUGUCUGUUAGUGGUUUUGGGUCAUCUCCCAGUUUGUCCCCAAAGAGCCAUCAUUGCUGUCAGGCUUGGCGUUCUCUGCGAAUGUUUUUCCAAAGGAAAAGAACCUUCUGGAAGGAUUGGACAUGAUAGUUUCAGAACUGUUUCCAGAGUGGAGCAGAGCCUGCCCAGGAGCAGAUGUUGACUGGAAAGAAGCCAGGAGGGGCCAGGGAAGUGGGGGUGAGGGCCGGGGUGGGGCGGGCGCAGGGCUGGCUUUGGGGAGGGGCUCUCGGGCCGGCUGGGCCAGGCCAACUGGAGGAGCGGGAGGACGCCCAGCAGGGAGUGGCGUCCAGGGCGCAGGGCUGAGGCCUCGGUCAGCCCCAGAAGUCGGAGUUUGGGCUCCUGCUGCCCCCACCUCCUCGUUCCCAGGGCAAACCGGAGCCUUCACUGGUUCCUACCUGAGCUCGCUGCCCAUAUAGAUGAGCCUCUCUUUGCUCCCUCGUCCGCUCCGUCCUCCUGCUUUGGAAAAUGCCCUCCUCCCUGCUGAGCCGUGUCCACUCCCUUCCCCGGGCUGGACUCUGCCCCAAACACUCCAAACCUUCACCCUCACUCGGUUUGACCCCAAUUAAAAACAAUUCUUUACAAUUAAUUCCUUUGGACAGCUUUAUUGGGGAAUGAUUUACAAACAGCAGAACCUACCGAUUUGAAGUGUACAACGGGAUGAAUUUUGAUGAAUGUCUGCCCCAUCCACCACCACAAUCAUGACAUGGAAUAUUUCCUUCACUCCCCAAAGCUCGCUCCCUCAGUCUCCUUCCUCCAGCCCCCCAAUCUGCUUUCUAUCACCAGAGUUUUGUCUUUUCUAGACUUGCUUAUAAGCAGUAUCCUGCAGUAAAUAGUCUUUUAUGUCUG